UUGUUGGUGUUGCAUUGGUCGAUCGCUGCUCACUGGGUUGUUUAUCUGUUCCGAAGUACAAAAAGCACAAAGGAAUCGUAAAAUAUUUUCACAAAAUACACUCUUAAAAUGAGUAAUUCACUACAGGAACAAAGGCGACUAAUUGAAGAAAAAAAGCGUCAAGUUUUAGAAAGAACAUCUGUUAAAAAAGAUAGUGAAAAACUGAUGUCUGGAACGUCAGUUCAGGCAGCUGGGCCUAGCCCUGUUUUGCUGGUCAAUGAUGGAAACUUUCUUGCCCGAUUUCAGGCAAUGCAAAAAGAAAGUACAGUGAAGAAAGGAAGCAAUAAAAAGGAUGAAUCGAAUUCCGGCAAACUCACAAUAAACCUGGGAGGUGCGAGGAAAAAGGAAGUGAAACCAAUUGCCAGUAAUUUACCAAGGCCUACGGCAUUUGAAGUACCCGAAAAUGAAACCGAAGAAACAGUUCUUACCAUAGAGGAAGAUGUAUUGAAAGCAGCAGAAGAUCUUGCAAUUCAAGUUGCAAAAGAAGGUGAUGAGGCAGAAGCACUUGCAAGAAUGAAGUACCAAAAAGAUCAACGAUACAGGUUUCUUUUUGAUGUAUCACACCCUGCAUAUCAGAAAUACAGAAACCUGGUGAAAGAAAAAAUAGAGAAGAACAAGGCUUCAGAACAAGAAAGACUGGGGAAGAGAAAGAGAAAGAACAGAUGGGAUGAUAAAUCCACUGAUGCAACAUCAUUUUCAUCUGUGGAUCCUCAGCAGCCAGUUGGUGUCCAGUCAGUUCCUGCCCAAGGAAGUUCAUCUUCACAGGCCACUCCUGGUCCAAGCGAUAUAAUGGAAGAAUUUGAGCGUGCAAAAGCACUGAUAAAACAAAAGGCAGCUUUAGCAAGAUCUGGGGUCAGUCUCACUGUAGAUGCAGAAAGGCAAAAGCAAAUAGAGAUGCAACAAGAGAUUGAAGCCAUGUACAGAAGAAUUAUUGCAGAGCAGGCUAUAAAAGCACGACAUAAUGCCCAAAAAAAUGAAGACAAACCAAGGUAUGAGUAUGAUUCAGAUGAAGAAAUUGAUGGUGGUACAUGGGAACACAAGAAAAGAAAGAAAGAAAUGGAAAAGACCCUUGGUGAUUCUUCUGUUGCUACUGAACGAGCGCAAGGGAAGCACUUUAUGGGGGACUUUUUACCCCCUGAAGAGCUUGCAAAAUUUCAAGAAAAAGUAAAGGCAAUAAAAGAAGGGAGAAAGGCUGAUUUAUCAGACUAUGCUGAGUUUAAGAUCAAAGAGGAUAACAUUGGUUACAAAAUGUUGCAGCAAGCCGGUUGGCAAGAGGGUGCUGGCCUUGGAUCCAGUGGCAAAGGCAUAAAAGAACCUAUAAACAAGGGAGCAACCUCAUUUGAUAAUGCCGGUGUUGGUGUUGAAAAGCCUGCUGAAGUCGCAAAAGAUGAUGAUGAAUUUGACAUAUAUCGGAAAAGAAUGAUGCUUGCAUACAAAUUCAGACCAAAUCCUCUGAACAAUCCAAGAAGACCUUACUACUAAAUAAACAAGGCUGGUGAAUAAUUCUUAGCGAACACUUUGAUACCAAUCGACAAAUCUAAACUGUUGUCAAGAGUACAGUUGCUUUAAAGGAUCUCACCAGCAAUGUAACACAGAUCCAAUCAUGAAAACUUGUGGAUUUUGAGGUUUUUUAAACUAAAAUGUUAUGUUUUUUGGCUGGAAACAUGAAGUUCUGGUGUCAGAGCAUAUGCUUAGAUGAUUCCUUGAACCUUCACAUGUUGCGAUAUAUUUAUAUAUUGCAAACAAAUGUUAUACUGGCAAAUUGAACAAUUAAAAAAUGCACCAUUUAACAAAAUGUUCUUCGCCUGCAGAUUAUGAGGAUAAGCAGAGCACAGAAUAUGACCCACAUUGAUAGACAAAUAUGCUGAUCUGAACAGCCAUAUGGGAUAUAUAAACUAUAUAACAAUCCCCAUUCUACUAGGACAAAGAGAAAGUUUGUCUGUAUUUCCCAAAAACAUAUAUUUACCAUUUAAAAGGGUUAUUUGGUCCAUAGGUCAUAGUGUACACUUUUCAAGAAUGGCACCAAUGACAUAAUAUACCACUUUGCUCAAACUGAUUAAUAAUAUCUGAAGUGAAUGUAUUACAUCUAUAUAUAAUAUUGAAAAUCCUUCACUUUAUUUAAAUCUUUCUGUUGUUGUUGUU